AUGUCGAGCGAACAAGAGACUGACCAAGCUAUCGAGAUCUGGAGGCAUAGAAAGCUACUUACCAUGCUUGCUAAUGCUAGAGGUGCCGGUACUUCAUGUAUUACCUUGAUUCUUCCACCUAGAUCCCAGAUCUCGCAAGCAUCGUCGAUGUUGACCACUGAAUACGGUACUGCAUCCAAUAUCAAGUCUCGUGUAAAUAGGUUAUCGGUAUUAUCAGCUAUCACUUCUACGCAACAGAAGCUCAAACUGUACAAUCGAGUUCCCGAUAACGGUUUAUGUGUUUUCGUCGGUACUGUUCUGAACGAUGAAGGAAAAGAAAAGAAGAUUUCCUUCGCUUUGGAACCUUUCAAGCCUAUCAACACCUCUUUGUACAUGUGUGAUAGUAGAUUCCACGUAGAGGCUUUAGAAGAAUUGUUAGAGAACGAUUCUAAAUGGGGUUUCAUCAUCAUUGAUGGUAAUGGAGCUCUAUUCGGUACAUUGUCAGGUAACACUCGAGAUGUCAUCCAUAAAUUCACUGUCGAUUUACCAAAGAAACAUGGUCGAGGUGGUCAAUCCGCAUUACGUUUCUCACGUCUUCGAGAGGAAGCCAGACGAAAUUACGUUAGAAAAGUAGCUGAAUUGGCUGUUCAACAUUUCAUCACUGCCGAUAAAGUCAAUGUAGCCGGUUUGGUCUUGGCAGGUAGUGCCGAAUUGAAAACGGAUUUGAGUGGAAGUGACUUGUUCGAUCCUAGAUUGUUGGCUAAGGUAGUUAAGAUUGUGGAUGUUUCUUAUGGUGGUGAAAAUGGUUUCAAUCAGGCCAUUGAACUUGCCGCCGACUCCCUUGCCAACGUGAAAUUCGUGCAAGAAAAACGACUCAUCCAGAAAUACUUUGACGAAAUCGCUCUCGAUACUGGAAAAUACUGUUUUGGUAUCACCGAUACCCUCAAAGCUUUAGAUAUGGGUGCCGUGGAAACUUUGAUCGUAUGGGAACAGUUGGACGUCAUCCGAAACACCUUGAGAAACGCUGCUGGUGAAGAAGUGAUUGUCUUCUCUUCACCGAACGAUAAAGACCGAGAGAAGUUUAUCGACAAAUCGACUGGAACCGAGAUGGAAUCUGCUGCCGAUCCUCAACCACUCUUAGAAUGGUUCGCGGAGAAAUACAAGGAGUUCGGAGCUACACUGGAAUUUGUAACUAACAAAUCUCAAGAAGGUUCACAAUUCGUUAAAGGUUUCGGAGGGAUUGGUGGUAUUUUGAGAUAUAAGGUGGAUUUCACUGAAUUGGGUGAUUUGGAUGAUGAAGACGAUGAAUUCUACGGAUCUGAUGAGGAUAGUGGUGAGUCAUAUCUGCCAUGA